AUGGCUUCCCGCGAUCCGUCCCCAGCUUCCAGCAAGCGGUCGAGAUCCCGGUCGCGGUCCAUUUCCAGGUCCAGAUCCCGGUCCCAGUCGCAUUCGCGUGGCCGCAGUGGUCGUCCCUCCUAUUCACCGGGGUCCAAUCGGUCACGGUCCAUAACACGAUCGCGGUCGCGGUCACGGUCUCUGACGCGUGACCGUAGUGACAGCAGAGGAAGAAGCAGCAGCCGCAGCAGGAGCUACAGUCGGAGUCGGAGCAGAAGCCGGACGAGAUCGCCUCCCAGCCGGACUGCCAAGGUCGUUGUCGAAAAGCUGACAACGAACGUCAACGAAGACCAUCUCUACGAGAUUUUCGGCGAGUUCGGCCACAUUGUCGACCUUGACCUGCCGAUCAGCCAUGUUUCACAUACCAACCGCGGUACAGCCUACAUCCUCUAUGGCAACGAGGCCGACGCCGAGUCUGCAACGGCCCACAUGCAUGAGGCCCAGCUCGACGGCAAUAUCGUCAACGUUUCGGUCGUUUUGCCGCGUCGCAAGCUGACGCGCGCUCCCAAGCAAGCGCGGCGGGGCGGCGGCGGUGGUCGGAACCAAAAGAAGUUGGGCAACAAUGCCGCUGCUGACGGAGGCAAUACUGGCGGCGGUGGUGGUGGCGGCGGCGGUGGACGCCGCCGGGACCGCGGUAACAAUGCGCGUGUUUUUGACACCUACCGCCCACGGUCCGUGUCCCCUGGCGGCCGUCGCUCGCGGUCGCCUGCAGCAGGGCCAGACAAUGGCGACAGCCCAAAGUAUCGGUACCGCAGUCGGUCGCCGCGGUCUAACCGGUCGCGCUCGAGGUCUCCCUAUCGUUCACGGUCGUGGUCUCGUUCGCGAUCCAGAACCCGCUCUCUCUCGCCUCCUCCGGCUGCUGACCAUCGCAGUGGCCGAAACAGAAUACGCAAGGGACGACGCAGUAUUGGAGGGCGCGGAGGUGGUGGAUUCGGCGGUGCCCGUGGUGGUGGUGGUGGUGGUAGCAACGAAAAGAAUAGCAGAUGGACCAACAAUCGCUUCGAAAACGGCGGUAACUCUGGCAGGGAUAACGAAAGAGACAACGGCAGAAUGGUCGAUGUGCAGCGCGAUAUUUAG